AUGAGCGUGGCACGGCCUGUACGAUGCCUGCUUUCUAGGCGGCUUGCUGCCGCGGCCAAGCCGACAGCAGCACCAUCACAAUGCCACACCUUCCACAGCUCGGCGCAGCUCGCUGCGAGGCGAAAACCCCGAUUUAAGAGCAUACGAGCCGAGGAGAUGGGACUCAUAUCACCGGAAAAGAUUGAGGAUUUUACCGAACAAACAUUUCCUAAGUAUACGCUAGAAGAGGUGGAAAUUUUGAAAACGAGGUAUACGCCAGAACAAAUGGCGGCCCUCGAGGCUGGUGAAGCAGCUAUCGACCCGAACGAUCUUACGAUACAAGGUCGAAUACGAAAAGAUCCUUACAGAUUACCGUACCUCGAUGACUUCAGCAAAAUCUACCCCAUUAUCGACAAGCGACCCCAGAAUAAUCCGCCACCGAACCCGAAAGCCAGGUUCAUGACAAUGCGGGAGCACACAGAUGAUUUGGCCAACCGCCUCGAGGCCUUGAUACCGAAGGAUGUGAACUUCGAAGGCAUGAAACCGGAGGAGAUUGAAAAAGUAUUAGAGCAAAGGGUCGACUUUGAUAUGGAGAGGGCCAAGUACUUGCUCGAGCCCGAGACGAUGGUGCAUACCAACGGGCCGUCGAACUCAGCGCUCGCACCGUCACUCGGCAAGAAUUUAUCUGGUGUCGCGGGUAUGUACAUUCCGCCGAUCGACCCGGCGGACGCUGGAUUGGACGACGAGGGCAAGUACCAGAAGUUGAAGCGGCGGAUAGGCCUGCAUGUCAGGGACAUCCUGGACAUCACCACCAAGGUCCUAGUCGUCCGCUUCGUCUCCAACCAGACCCGUCUCGGCAGGAUCCGCAGCGCUUGGGUCCUGGCUAUCGCUGGUAACGGUAACGGACGCCUCGGUGUCGGCGAGGCAAAGUCCGUUGAAAUGGCUACUGCCCGCCAGAAGGCGACACUUCUAGCCAUUCAGAAUAUGCAGCCUAUACGUAGGUACGAGGAUAGGACAAUCUAUGGCUCGGUUACGGCAAAAGUUGGCGCGACAAUUGUCCAGAUUGACGCUCGUCCACCUGGAUUUGGUCUACGCGCUUCCCACCGUCUCUUCGAAAUCUUCCGUUCUGUGGGUAUCCACGAUAUCGCCGCCAAGAUGCCGCGAUCGAGGAAUCCAAUGAACUCAGUAAAGGCCUGCAUUCUAGCCUUACAAAGCCAGAAAGACCCCAACGAGAUCGCCCUCGGAAGAGGGAAAAAACUCGUGGAUGUACGGAAGGUGUACUACGGUGGAAAUGUGUAUUAA